AGUUCGCGUAGCACGGUGCGCCCGCGCCGCACGCGUUAAUAACACACGCCUUUUGCAGUCGUUCAAACGUGUUGUGCUGUGUAGUGAACUACAAUGCGAUCCGCACUUAUUUGUUUGUUCUUUACCUUAAUUGUAAGAGAAGGAAGUUCGGCGGACGAUGACUUCAGACCGACACCCAUUCCGCUGAAUGAGUGGCACGAGGUGCGCGACUCCCGGAGUCAUGAGGAGGCAAACAGCGCAUUACCGAAAGCAACACAAGUCGCUAUGCCCGCGCGCUACUGGGAGGAUGCCUUGCGACACAGCGUUUAUCUCACACUAGUCCGCGACAAAAUUGACGAGCUUAUUGCCAAAGGAGAUGCCACAGCACCAGAUAGCAAACCUAUCUCCUAUGCCGCAUCCGAAAACGAUGAUCGUGAUCUUUGGGACAAAAUAAAGACAGCACCGUUCAACCGAAUAGAGACCGAAGACUUCGUAACUCAGGGUGACGUCACCAUAAUAGCAAAAGGUCGGUUAAUGCAGGAAAAUGGUCGUUUUCGUUUUACCGAGGACGAUUUAGAUAAGGAGAAAUGCACGGACGAUAAGUGUAAGAAGGGCAUCAAGGCAAUAUGGUCAGUUAAACGAGUCCGACAGCGAGAGGUGGAAACUUUACCAGGGAAGUAUCACUAUGAACUCACUUUCUUUGUAGUGUCUCAGUUACAAAAAGAGAAACGGAAACCUCACGCAAAUAUUGUAAGAACUUUCACCGUCAGAGAAUCUACGCCAGAAAUAGUAGUCGAUAUGCCUCAAGAGGAUCGUAAAGUUGUUCAUACAAACCAUAGACCACAAAGAGUAGUGUGGUUCCACAGAAAUAUAUCUCCACCGUAUACAGCACUCAAUGAAGGGCGCCAGUAUAAAAACGGACUACAAAGACUAUUUUCAUCGUUAUUUUCUGACGAAGAUGAUGAAUACAUACCUCCAAGGCACAGGAAAAUAAUACCUUAUAACCCUCCAUACGGACCUCAUGGCCCUGCCCAUAGUCAAUCACCAUACUCUGCAUACUCAAAAGCAGGAUAUGUAGGUUCUCCCAGUGACCAACAGAAAAGACUGACCUAUCCUUAUAAACAAAAUACAUAUAAAUACAGCCGUCCUAUUCCACCACCCCCAUAUGCAUAUGGGCCAAAACCCCAUUACUUAGAGACUGAAUCUGUAGGGGCUUCCUUUAGUAAUCCACACUCAACUCCUCCCGAGCAUGUGCACGCGCUAUUAGGCAAGCCCGCUUUGACAACGAAACCUGCUGUUUUACCUACACCAGUUGCAUCUAGUAAUAACACAGACGAAUACGAAAAAACUACACAAGAAGCGACCGAAAGCGCAACGAGAGUACCGGAAAUAGUAACGGGUAAACCUAUUACUAGACCGAGACCUGGACCGAUAAAAAUAAAUUACUUGCCAGAUCACGUCAGACCGCCAGUGUACAAUGCACCUCCAGGCAUAUUUGUGACAAUGGACAAAAAACCAUUUAAGCCAAUGCCGCCACUUAAGCUUAAAGUGAAGCCUUAUAAGAUAUCUAGACCGACAGACUUCCGCCCAAGUCCCCAAGUUUUAGAUAUGCAACAAUUUUCUGAACCAGAUCCAUUUAAGGAAACUGCGUUUAGGCCCAUCACGUGGAAUUAUAAGGACACUACUAACACUCCUAGUACAACUGAGCACACUAAACACACUGAAAGGAACACCACAUCUAGCACUACUGUUAUUACUCCGACCCAAAAAAAUUAUACAAAAAGUAAAAAACCGCCAAAAAAACAUGAAAAUAUAAAGUCACAGUUGACUACUAAUACACCGGAUAUAAUAACGGGAAAUGCCAAUUUUGAGGGAGAGGCUGAGCCUGACAUCACAUGGGCCAAUUUGAUGAAUGCCUUCUCUAAAACUACUCCCAUGGCUUCUCAAAAAGAGAAAGCUGAAACCACAGAAAGUUCUACCCACAACUCAUCGUCUACUACAGAAACAUCAACAGUUACGAGGAGACGUACCUCAAUUUCCACAGAAGCGGUGGAGGUGGAGGAGGAAACGACAUCAACCACAACAUCUACUACGGUUAAGCCAAGAAAACGAACACGUCCACCACCAAAAUUUACUCAACCUGAUAAAGUAAAAAAGCAUAAACGAGUUACAACGACAACAACAACGCAAUCACCAGAAAAACACAAAACAACACUCGACUUGACGCCACAAGCAAGUUCAGCAGCUACGAUGAACCCAGCCAGAAGUACUACGGAAAGGACGACAACAAAAAUCAACAACACAUCGACAACUCCAAAUUCCACCAGUCCCAUAUACAGCAUAACAAAAACAACCACUAAACCUACUUCCACCGAAACACCGACGACAGAAAAAAUUGACGCAUCUUCCUUUACACCACAACCAAAAAUUACAAACCGAUUCCGACAAUCCACAUUAUUACAUAAAGGUACAUCUGUUAAUCAUGACAAGUGGAGUUCAUUAGGUAUAUCGACUAAAACACUAUCGACGUUACCGAGCGCAUUUCCACCACGAAGGAAAGGGUCUAAUUUCCAGAGCCACGUAACACCAUCAAAUAAACUUAACGACAGAAAACAUAAUUUGCUCCAUGAUGAUAAGAACAUGUCUCUAAGUGUGCAACCUCUAAGUACAACGCCUCAUUAUGAAGAACACGUAAGCAGAGAUUCAAUGUCAUCACAAUAUAAAAAAGAAGAACUCGAUGAAAAUAAUGAGGACGUUGAUGCCGAGAAUGACGAUAUCGACGAUGUUGAGGACGACCAAAACAAUGAAGGAGACGACAAUGAACAAAGAGAAUUCAUUGUCAGUCAAUCAUCGUCUUCAACGCGCAGCGACGAGUCAAGCGAAAAUAAUGAAAUAUUUGAAGUUGACUCUUAUACAACAGAACAGAUAACCACAACACAAACCAUGCAGAAAAAUUUAACAAAAUGUCAAAAGAAAAAACUUCUUGACUCAUCGACCACAGAUUUACCAAUUGUAGUUUCACCAAAUGUACUUGAAUCAGAUAACAGUACCGAUAAAAAGACAGUAUUAGAAGAUAACAAUUCUCGAAGCGAAUCGACAUCUGGUAUUCUGGAAGAACUAAUACAAAGCUUGACUAGUAAUGAUGCCCCAUCUGCGAAAAAUCCUAGAUUAGCUGAUUUCGAUCAGCAAGACAGUGAAAAUCAGUCACAUUUCGUCAAACUAGAUGACGAUUUACAAGACUUCUUGGAUUCACUCGACAAGGAUCGAAAACAUGCAAAUCACGACGAAUACGAAGACGAUGACGUCGACUCAAGUCUUAGUCUAGACGAUGACGACGAAUCACCUAUUGACAAAUGGGAACACCAAGGGGCCCCCAGACAAAGGCAUACUGAUGCUGAUGAUGAUUAUCGCGACCGACCCUAUGGUCUACUAGAACUAUUAGCUAUGGAGUAGAUUAAUUCUUAGCAACUUAAUAUACAACACAGCUUUAAAUUAACUCCUGCAUUGAUCUCACUCACUAAUUCCCCAAGAGUUUUGUUGUCAAUGAAAAAGGACUCAUGCUUCCUAGCAUGUCGCAAAUAAGUGCUAAAUAUAUCAAGGUCCGCCAUUAACUCGGUCUGUCAUUGAGUUUACAAUACAAAUAAUUUUAAAGCAUUUAUUUAUUUAAAAAAAAUCCUCUUGUUCAUUCAACAUGCACAUUUCCUAUAGAUUUAAUAAGACUUUUAUGUUACCCGUGUG